AUGGACUCGCUGUUUCGACUUCUUGUACACGACCAAUCCUUGCUUCAAGAGGAUCAUUCUGAUCCAAAGCUGCUCGACACAAUAAAUUACCAUAAACGGGAUCUCGUUACUAUUCUCGAAACGGUCAAGUGGCAGUUGGAAGAUUUCGAAAGAGCAGUCAACGCUUCAGCCUUGGCAGACAAGUCUCGAUUGAAGGAAGAGGUGAUAGCUAGACAUAGGCAGUUCAUUAAGGCCAUAAAGGAACAUAUAAAACUUAUCGAGGAGAGAAUAGAGGGUCCUUCAAUGAGGAAAAACAGCUGGGUGAAUUUGAAUGACCAGGACAUGGAUGGAUUGGCAUUGUUUCUUGAUCCAACUUCAGCAUUGAGUUUAACAGGUGAUGAGAUUGUUGAGCAAGGAAGGAUCGAAAAGGCAAGCAUAUUUUACAAUCAAAGUACACCUGGUUGUUCUAGCCAAGAAAGUAGAACUCUGGCCAACUCCUGCCCAGAAAAGGGAGACCUCGAUUGA